CGCAUGCUCUCCGGGGUUAUUUUUUUUGUCACGUGACCGACCACCUGACACAACAGACGACGGAACCGGAAAUGUAGCGAUUAUUCAUCCAAAAAUCCAUUAUGUGGAGUUUAAAUAGCGGAAUAUAUGUUUUAUUGAGGACAUGGCUUGUUUGCGUGUCGCUUUUCUUCAGCCUCGGACUGGCUGGGAAAAUGAAGAUUGUGGAGGAGCCAAACACGUUUGGGCUGAACAACCCGUUCAUGGCGCAGGGACACAGGCUACAGCCCAAAGUCUCUCCAGCGCCUGUGUCUGGUCCGGCGCAUCUUCAUCGUCUGGCAGGAAAGUGCUUCAGUCUCACAGAAUCGAUGUAUAAAUAUGAGUUCUGUCCCUUCCACAACGUGACUCAGCACGAGCAGUCAUUCAGGUGGAACGCCUACAGCGGCAUAUUGGGGAUCUGGCAGGAGUGGGAAAUUGCCAACAAUACUUUUACAGGCAUGUGGAUGAGAGACGGCGACACAUGUGGAACCAGAAACAGAGAAACAAAGGUGCUGAAAAUACA